GGGAACUCCACCAUCACUUCUCAUUCAACAUCCUUUCUGCCGGGUUCCGACACCUUCCUUCCUUAUCCCAAGAUCCGUGCUGCCGGACUGCUUACCAUUGGGAACAUGUUUUCUUAGCAUUGGCCACCAAUCUUUCUCUUUGACACACGCCUUGGCCCCUAUCUCUAAUCCCUCCCCAAUUCAUUUUCUCUCUCUCAUUUUGGACCAUGGCAAGCCUGGCCAACAAUCUGGCCAACGACCUGGCGGAAGCAGGGCAAGCGCCGAGCUAUAAGCAGCUGAAGGAGGACUUUGUCUCAAACCUUACGGGAGGAUCAGUCGCAGAGAUUGCUCAAGUCUGCGCCGUGGCACCGGUUGUUUCGCUUCUGUGGUCCGUCCUGCAGACCCGGCAGGACUUCUUCAAGCAGUACAGUGCGCUGCCCUUUGCCGUCGACUUCCUCCUCAAUGUAGGCGCUCUCCUGCUUUCAGUCACGCUCUACUCGAGCGUGCCUCUCCUCCUCAAUAUCCUCCUUCUGUUGCCCGCCGCGCUGGUGUAUCUCGGCUUCGCCGACAGCCCCUCGGCGCGCAGGAAGAAACCCCAGCUGCCGCCCAAUGCCCAGUCCAAGACAUCACCGGGCCUGCCCGGUGUCGUGUCCACCAAGCCUUUCCUGACCCACUACCGCGGCAACAUGCUGGUCGUCACCUGCAUAUGCAUCCUCGCCGUCGACUUUCGCCUGUUUCCCCGCCGGUUCGCAAAGGUGGAAACCUGGGGCACUUCUCUGAUGGACAUGGGCGUCGGGUCCUUCGUCUUCUCCGCCGGCAUCGUCGCCUCCCGGGCCGUCCUCAAGGAGCGCGCCGACGGCAAAGCGACACCCCUGGGCACUCGGCUGAUGCGGUCGCUGCGGCACUCUGUGCCACUCCUUGCCCUGGGAGUCGUGAGGCUGCUCAGCGUGAAGGGCCUGGAUUACGCUGAGCAUGUUACCGAGUAUGGAGUGCACUGGAACUUCUUCUUUACUUUGGGGUUCUUGCCGCCUUUUGUGGCCCUGUUUCAGGCGGCGCUCAGGCUGGUGCCGUCAUAUGCUGGCCUAGCCCUCCUUCUCGGCAUCUCGUACCAGGCUGCUCUGGAAGGCACAGGGCUGAAGGCCUACGUGCUCACCGCGCCGCGAACCGAUCUCCUCUCGAUGAACAGGGAGGGCAUCUUCAGCUUCUGGGGGUACCUCGCCAUCUUCCUCGCCGGGCAGGACAUGGGAAUGCUCGUCUUGCCGAGAACCCUCAGCCCCCGGGGCGGGAUUUGGACGACCCGCUCCAAGCGCACCACGCUCGUAGUCAACCUGGCCGGGUGGUCGGCCGUUUGGAUGAUCCUCUACCUCCUCUGCACCAACUACAAAUACGGCGCGGGGCUGACGGUGUCCCGGAGGCUGGCGAACCUGCCCUACAUCCUGUGGGUUGUCGCAUUCAACAGCACUCUCGUGUUGGCCUUUUGUCUCGUCGACGUGUUCCUCUUCCCGGGUUUCUACAGGGCGCAGGACGUCAAGUCGGAGAGGGAAGCCUACGAGACGGCGACGAGCCGCGUGCUGAGGGCGUAUAACCGCAACGGUCUGCCCAUCUUCCUGCUGGCCAAUCUAUUGACGGGGCUGGUCAACAUGACGGUGCCCACGCUGGAUGUAGGCAGGCUCGGGACCAUGGGCAUCUUGCUUGGAUAUAUGGCUAUUUUGACCAGCGUUGCCGUCGGGCUAGACAUGCGCGACAUUACCAUCAAGCUAUAGAUGAGGUACUCCUGUGCUACCUCUUAUUGACCUUUUUUUGCUUUUUCUUCUUUUUUUUUCUUGUUUCUUUUCCUGAUUUUUGGUGAUGCGCCCCUAUAUUUGGCGCCACUGGAUCAUUUCGGUUUUCAUGCAAUGUCGCAGGGUGAGACAAGCGCGUUGCUUGCGGAACGGGUGGACGCAGCAAGUGUCAAGCAUACUAGAGAUACGGAAUACAGCGACUAUCGCUUGUUCUGCAAACUUUGAAUUGUUUUC